AUGCCACCGAAAAAGAGAAGUCGCCUCGGCCGCCAUACUGCAGCAGCAGCGACGAAAAAGGCGAAGCGCAGCGCCAUAAACGCUUCUGCUGUUGCUGCACAAAGGGCUUCAGAGGACCCACAACAAAGGGCCACUCGACUGGCUACAAACGCUGCGGUUGCUUCAUACGAUGCUGCUUCCACGGCUUCAGACGGUUCGGAAACAAGAUCGAAGCGCAGCGCCAUAAAUGCUUCUGCUGUUGCUGCACAAAGGGCUUCAGAGGACCCACAACAAAGGGCCACUCGACUGGCUACAAACGCUGCGGCUACUGCUGCUUCAACAUUUUCGACACAUUCCCACGACUCAGACCAGCAACGUUCUACAUUCCAGCGGAACAGUCGACGUCGCGGUCUGACGGGUCGAAACAGACCUUACUGGCAUCUACGUGCUUGCAAGUAUGAGCCCAACUUCAAUUACUCGAUGCACGCUGACAUAAAUACUGGGGAAAUGUUCUUCAAUUGCCAAUUCUGCAAUGCUAAAAAGUGGGCUGGGGAACCACCUGCGAUGUGCUGCUUAAACGGUAAGGUCAGCUUGCCCCCUCUUCGGGAGCUGCCAGACCCUUUGAAGGAAUUACUUACUGGUUCCACCUCAAGGUCAUCAAAAUUCCUUCAACUCAUCAGGAAAUACAAUUGUGCAUUUCAGAUGACUUCUUUCGGGGCUAACGUUGUCAGAGAAACUGGUUGGAUGCCUACUUUCAAGGUCCAGGGCCAGGUGUACCACCUUAUUGGGUCACUCCAGCCACUACAAAAUUGCAAACCUUCGUUCCUUCAAAUUUAUUUUAUUACAGAUUACAAUAGGCAACUUGAUUUGCGUUUCGAUGUAAUUCCACAACCUGCAAACACUAACGCUGACAAUUUCGACAGGGACGUGCUGCUCACUCUGCAAAACAUGCUUCAUGACCACAACAGCUAUAUUCGCAGUUUCAAAUACGCCUUGGAAACAGCCCCUUCACCAACAUUCACCAUUGUCAUCGAUGCUGACAAAAGGCCUUCUGGGGAGCACGCGCGGCGAUAUAACGCUCCUUCGUGCAAUGAAGUGGCCAUAGUUCUCCAUGGUGAACAGCACAAGCAGCGGGACAUAGUUCUUCAAAGCCGCGACAGUGGUCUUCAGCGUAUUAAUGAGACACAUCGGUCAUAUGACGCCCUGCAGUAUCCCCUUCUUUUUCCGUAUGGAGAAGACGGGUACCAUUUCGGCAUUCCUCACCACAAACCAAACGAGCCCUCGGCUGCGACAUCUAAAACUGUUUCAUGUAUGGCUUUUUACUCAUACCGCUUCAUGACAAGGCAUAAUAAUUUCAACCCCCUGCACAGAUCACGGGAACUGUUUCACCAGUUUGCGGUUGACAUGGUUGCAAAGAUGGAGUCCGAGAGACUGGGCUUCAUCAAAUUGAAUCAGAAGCAGCUGCGCUCAGACUCCUACAUCCAUUUGCGUGAUGGCAUCAGGAAUGACACUGACGCCCGCAAUAUCGGCAAAAUAUGCAUUCUCCCCUCAACCUAUACAGGGGUCCCACGGUACAUGCACGAGCGAACACAAGACGCUAUGACUUACGUUCGGCAUUAUGGGCGACCCGAUUUAUUCAUUACCUUUACAUCUAACCCAGAGUGGGUUGAGGUAACGCGAGAACUUCUCCCAGGGCAGCAGUACUGUCAUCGCCAUGAUAUUAUUGCAAGGGUUUUCAGGCAGAAACUGGCUAAGCUCAUUCUUUUAAUAAAAAAAGGCCAGGUUUUUGGGCCUGUUAACUGCCACAUGUAUACUGUUGAGUGGCAGAAAAGAGGGUUGCCACACGCGCACAUUUUGCUUUGGUUGGUCAACAAAAUAGACCCAACAGUUCUUGAUGAUCUCAUUGCAGCAGAAAUUCCGGACUCAACUGUUGACCGGCAGCUGUACGACAUUGUGAAGGCACACAUGGUACACGGUCCGUGCGGUCCUGGUUUUCAAAAGUUCUCCUCAUGCCACAAAGACCACGUCUGCACUAAACGGUACCCAAAGAGGUUCGUGGACGAGACCCAGACCGGCCGCGACGGAUACCCACUGUACAGAAGAAGGCACCCUGACAAUGGUGGAUUCACUAUAACGUUACGGGGUCAUCAAGUGGAUAAUAGGUGGGUAGUGCCGUACUGUCCAAUUCUGAUGAAAACUUUUAACGCUCACAUAAAUGUGGAGUUCUGUCAUUCAGUCAAGUCUAUAAAGUAUAUAUGUAAAUAUGUUAACAAGGGUUCUGACGCUGCCAUGUUUGGCCUUCAAAAGGACAAUAGCAUGGACGAGGUGUCACAGUACAUGGCAGGUCGGUACAUAAGCAGUGGUGAAGCUUUUUGGCGGAUAUUCGGGUUUCCACUUCACCAAAGGCACCUCGCCAUCAUACAACUAGCGGUUCAUUUGGAAAAUGGCCAACGAACUUACUUUACUGAACAGACUGCAGCUGAUUUGGCGGCAAAUCCAAAACAAACAACUUUGACCGGUUUCUUUAGGCUUUGCCAACUUGACACAUUUGCUAAAACACUUUUAUACCCUCAUGUCCCGUCCUACUACGUGUGGUCAAACAACAAUUGUGUGCGUAGGAAGUCUGGUCAGGAUGUUGAAGGACAUCCUGGUGUCAAGUUUAACAGUUGUCUAGGAAGAGUCUACACUGUACCUCCAAACCAACAUGACUGUUUUCACCUGCGCCUUCUCCUCCAUGAGGUUUUAGGCCCACAAAGUUUUCAAGACAUCAGAACUGUUGAUGGUGUAUUAUGUGAUACUUUCCGUGAAGCCUGUUUUCGGCGCCGACUUUUGGAGGAUGAUUCACAAUGGGGCGCCACUAUGGCAGAAGGUGUUUUAUUCAAAUCUCCUAAAAAAAUCAGAUCGCUUUUCGCUAUUCUAUUACUAUGGUGUGACUUGGCUAAUCCCGCCUCUUUAUGGCUUACCUACAAAGAUGAUAUGUCUGAAGAUUUCCUGCGUCACGCUCAAUCGCUACAUCCAUCAAUGGAGGUCGGGUACACUGACCUCAUUUACAACAGGGCACUGCUUGAAAUCGAAGAUACUGUACUCGAUAUGGGCGAUAAUCCCUUUAGUUUCGAAGAUAUAAUUUAUAAGCCAUUUCAUUAUGGCAAUGAGAAAUUACAGAACAUCGACACUGACUUUGUAUUUCAAGUAAUUAAGUGA